AUGGCGGUCGCACAACCAGCCAUCGCUGUUCAUGUCGCUAUUGAUCCACGCAAUCAAGGACUUCCCACUGAUGACUACGAUACCGACGAUGAGUCUUAUCACAGUGAAAUCAGCGAUGAAGAUACUAGAGACAAAGUAGAAGACGAUAGUGACGUGGAAGAGAAGUUUGAUAGCAAGGUUGAAGGUACAGGGGACGAUGAAGAUGAGCACUUGGAAGACAGCGACGUUGACGGCAGUGACUAUGAACGAGCUUCAGACGAUGAGACAUCUGAGAGCGACAGCGAACAUGAAGACGGCGGGUCGCCACAUCAUAAGUCAGCUAGCAAUAUUCAGAUACCGCCUGUUGGCUACCCUCAAAAGUCUUCCGUGGUUUCAGAAGCACUGAGGCCAGGACCGAAUGGCCACGAUCCCCGGGCAAUGCCUCCGCAACAACGCCAAAUUUCUAGUCUAAGAGCUCCAGUACAUUCACAUACGCCUUCUGAACUGCGACAAGCAGAUCGGCGCCAAGAUAUCUCUAUGCAACACCACCACUUCCAAGAUGUUGCUCCGUCUCCUCCGCAAACUGCGCAAACCUCCCGAACAAGCCUGCCAUUAUGGCAGCAGCCCUACCAGCAUUCGAUGCAAGAGGAGGAAGCGGAAGACGAAUAUGAAGAAUAUAUGGAAGAAGCAGAAGGGGAGGAAGAAGGCACCGACGACUACGACGAUCUAGCGCGGGGACCGAUCGUUCAAGGACAGUCAUACGACUCAGCAGGACGUCAAAUGCAGAUGCCUUCUCAGGAUCAGGUAAUGGAGCGACAACGUCAAGAGCAAAUCAGAGCUGCAUUGGCAAAGAAGGCUUCAGACGAGCGAAUGGCGCAAGAACUGGAGGCGGCCGAAGCCGCGGCCGAAGCAGCGCAUUAUCAAGCGCAGCGACAACAGAUCCAAGCCCAAAGACAAGAAAUCGACAGGAUACGCCAAGAGAAUAUUCAAGCUGCCAUGCAACAAAGACAACUAGCGCAGCAGCAAGCGCAGGAAGAGGAAGAGGAAGAAGAUGAGCUCGCAGCACAGCAAGAAGCUGCAGAAGCGGCGGCCAGCGAGACUGCCCAGCGAAAGUUCGAACAUGCACAGCGUCAACAAGCACUUCAGAUGCAACGAGCGCAGCAGAAGCAUGCGGAUGAUGAACUCGCCGCCAGGGAAGAUGCGGACUGGGCUGAUCAGGAAGCCGAAAAGGCCGAGGCACAGCAGCGGGCCUUCCAGCAGCAGCAACAGUGGCAAGAACAACAAAGAGCUCAAGAAGAUGAAGAGUAUCAGGCACAACAACAGGCACAGUACCAACAGCAACAGUUGCGAGAACAACAAAAAGCCCAAGAAGUUGCAGAUAAAGCUGCUCGGAAGCAAGCAGCAGAUGAAGCUCGCCAGUUUGCAAAGCAAGAGAAAGAUGCGAAGAAGGCGGAGGAGAAAGCAGUAAAGGACGAGAAGAAAGCCCAAGAGAAGGAGCGAAAGGACGAAAAGAAAGCAGAAGAGAAAGAGCGAAAGGAUGAACAGAAAGAGGCUGAUCGAGAGGAACGUGAGACUCGUCGAGUGGAAGAUCAGGAGGCCAAACGCGAACGAAAGGCCGAGGAGGAUGAACGGCGGAAAGAACAGCGCGAGAUGGAUCGCGAAGCCCAGAAGGCUAAGCGGGCGAAUGAUAUAGAAAUGAAAAGGACACGGGCAGAGGAGAUGCGGGAACGUAAAGCCGAGGAUGCCGUUCAGCGACGAGAGCAACAGGAAAUCGAUAGAGAAGCCCGCAAGACUCAAAGAGAACUCGAUGCGGCCGAAAAGACUCAGCGAGCACAAGAGCAAGCUGAGCUCAGAGCAGAGGAAGCAUCUCAACGCAUUGAAGAACGCUCCGUGACACAAGAGGGCAGAAAGGCAGAGCGAGAAGCCCAGAGGCAGAUGCAUUUGGCUGAAAAGAAAAGCACGAUGGAGGACACGGCUGCUGCAGCUACCCAUCGUAUGGAAGAACACGCCAUGGAGCAAGAAGCAAAGCGUGCCGAGCGGGAAAUGGAGGUCCAGAGACGCCAGGCCGAACUAGAAGAUAAAAAGGCUCGACGAGGCACUGAAGCUGAGGAGAAAAGAUUGAGAAAGGAAAGCGAAGACGAAGAGCGAGCGCACAAGAAGGCUGCUGAUCAGGAAAAGAAGACUCAUCAACAAGAGGAGAGGCAGCGUAUGCAGGAAGAGGAAGAAGAGCGACGGAUGGAGGCUGGGCAGUUGGAGGGCAUGAUGAAACCCAAGGACAUCAUGAUCAACAACAUGGCAGUCAUUCGGACGACAAUCAUGGUCACCAACAGGUCAGACAUCCAGAUAUGCACCACGGCGAUACUAGAGGUCAUGAUCACCGAGGCGGAAGUCAUCAAGAUCACGCAAGACAACCUGGACAACAGGGUCAACAAGACGGUCGCCACUGGGAUGGCAAUCAUGUCCACCAACAGGGAAGAUACCCAGAUACGCAACAUGUCGAUUCUAGAGGUCAUGACCUUCCGGGCGGAAAUCAUCGAGAUCAUGCGAGACAAGGACAACAGGGUCGACAAGACGGUCGCCUUUGGGACAGUAACCAUGGCCAUCAACAGGGAAGAUACCCAGAUACACGACAUGGCGAUUCUAGAGGUCAUGGUCAUCCGGGCGGAGAUCAUCUGGAUCGCGCCGAAGAAGGACAUGGUAACGGACUGCAUCAAGAAAGACACCCAUAUAUGCAGCGCGGCGAUCCUAGAGAUCGUGGUCACCAAGGCGGGGCGAGAAGCGCAGGAGGCAAAUUCGGAGGCUGCGCAGAGCCCUAGUAGCCCCAACGCUCAAGGCAAAGGCAUCAACAACGGAAACGGCGCGAAUGCGAACGGUGCCAAGCAUAAACCUGUGGUGGAUCGAGAGUUGGUCUUGCAAAGAAGAAAGGACAGGAAAGAGGCAAAGAGGUUAGAUAAGGUUGCGGGGAGUGACGUCAAUCCUCAACCAGAGAGCGCGGGUGAACCGGUUAAGGAAGGCACAUACGACACACAAAAAGAUGCUGCUAAACAACCUGCGCGUACGGAGGCUGAGAUAAAGGAAGCGCGGAAGGCGAAGAAGGAAGCGAAGCAAGACAAGAAAGCCGCGAAGAAAGAAGCUGACGCACAGAAAGAAGCUGCUGCCUCAGGUACCAAACAUGACAAUACGACUAAAGAUCAGAAGAGCGCAGAUGGUCCAGCCAAGGGGAAGGAGAGCGCAGAAGACAGCGCAAAGACUAAUCAGAAGAUUGCCAACCACACGAUUACCAACAAGACGGUCAACAACCAGACGAUCACCAAUCAGACGAUUACCAACCGAACGAUCAACAACGAACAUGUUACGAACGCCAAGACCGAGAAAGGGCCCUCUAAUAAAGAUAUCAUCAAGGAGAAGAGAGCCCUAAGAAAGGCUAAGAAAGAGAAGGACGCUGAACAUAAGGAUUCUGAACAUAAGGAUUCUGGAAACAAGGGUUCUGAACCCAGGGAUGCUGAACAUGAGGACGCUGAGAUUAAGGAGAGUAAGAACGGUGGGGCGAAGUCAGACAGUACAGACGCAGACUCCAAAGUCGCCAACAAGAAGGCUAAGGAUGAGAAGAAGGAUGCGGAUGCAAAGAAGAAAGCCGAAGCGAAGGAAGCAGCCUCGAAACUGGAAAUGGUGCACAAGGCUGAGAAAGCUGAUGAGAAGAGCGAAAAGAAGGGGGGUGAGAAGGUUGGUAAGGAAGUUGUUCCAUUUACCAACAAGCAUGCCGAUAAGUCUGGGGAGCCAAGUGCUGCGAAAGCUGAGAAAGAUGCUCAAAAAGCGGAAGAGGCCCGGAAGAAGCUCGAAGCUAAACGAGUCGCAUCUGAGAAGAAGGCCCAAGACAAGGAGGAGAAGUUGAAACUGAAGUCUCUCAUAAGGCCUGAGUCCUCUGAUGCCAAGAAAGCCGCCGAAGCAGAGAAGCAAAGACUGAAACUCACAACCAAGGAAGCGGCCAAGGACAAGAGGCUCGAAGCUAAGCAACUCGCAAUCGAUAACAAGCCACAUGAUAAGGAGCAGAAUUUGGAUCACAAAUCCAGCGCGAGGGAAUUCCAGUCGCUUGAAAGCCAUACACAGAGCUCUGAACAUCGAAAAUUCAGCUUAUUCAGAUCGAGUGCGAAGCAUGAGACCACGGAUACCAAAGCGGCCGAGAAGGCGGAGCAACAGAGGCUGAAGACAGCAGCCAAAGAAGCCGCAAAGGGACAGAAGCUGAUAAUGCAAGCCGAAGCGAAGGAACGGAAGCUCAUCACGCAAGCUGCAGCGAAGGAACUGCGCACAGCCUCUAAUAAAGCUGCAACAGAACAGACGCCCACAACACUGGCCACCGCCAAACAAGGAGCCGCCGCACGAAGAGACCAAGAAAAGGAAGAGAAACGUCAGAAGAGAAUAGAAGCCCGAUUGAUGAUUGAGCAGCCGAAACAAGAGCGGAGUUUGGUCAAGUUUGGAAAGAGAGAGCAUGAUCAGCCGAAACAAGAGCAAAGUCUGGUCUUAUUUGGCAAGAAAGGCCAUGAUCAGCCGAAACAAGAGCAAAGUCUAGUUAAAUACGAAAAGAAAGAGCAAGAUCAAGCUGACAAGAAACAGCGGAAGGCGAAGGAAGAGGAAGAGAAACGCAAGAAGAAGGAGGAUGCCCGCGUCGAAGCUGAGCGUCUGAAAGGAGAGCAGGCGAAGCUUAAAGCAGAAAAAGAAGAGCUUCAAGCCCAGAAGAAAGUGAAAGACAAAGCUGAAAAGGCAGAGAAGGAUAGACUAGCAGCACUCCAGAAGGAAGAGAAGAAGAAGCUUAAAGCUGAGGAGGACGAGAAGGUCGAAGCUUUAAAGAAACAGCACAAAGAAAAGGAGGAAGAAAAGAAACGCAAGAAAAAAGAGGAUGAAGAGUUUUCUAGAGCUCAACAUAUGGCAGACCAAGAGAAAGGUCGAGCCGCAAAGGAACAGAAAGAUAAGAAAGAAAAGGAAGAGAAGCGCAAGAAGAAGGAAGACGACGACUUCGAGGCAGCGCUUCGAAAAGCAGAACAAGAGAGGACUAAAGCUGAGCGGCAAAAGAAAGAGCCGGUUGCAAAGGCAGAGUUGGUGAAUGACGCCGCGUUCAGGUUAAAACUUGAUAACCAGCAUAAAGAAUGGGAGAAGAAGAAGAGGAGAGACGCUGCGAAGAGUGCUGCGAAACCAGCGGCAGUGUCGGGGUCUACAGGUGCAAGGAAUGCUGCUCCUACUAGGAAGGCUGCUCCUGCUAGAAACGCUGCUCCUGCUAGAAGGCGGAGGUAG